AUGGCGACAUUUCGAAUAGCCGGAAUAUGUGGCUCACUUCGAAAAGCUAGCAUUAACAAGAAACUUCUUUUGCGAGUACAGCAGUUGUGUACGGAACGCAUUCCAAACGCAGUGAUAGAAAUUGUCAAUUGGGACGACAUUCCAGUUGGACCGUUGAAAAAUGCUAUAGAUUGGGCAAGUAGGGUUCGUCUGGGUGAUCGAGGAGACGUGUUCAAGGGGAAGGCCGUUGCUCUGAUGGGAGCCUCACCAGGUUCUGCACCUGGUUCCGCUGGCAGUGGGAGAGCACAGUUAGCUCUACGCCAGUCGUUUACAUCUCUCAAUUGCUAUUGCAUAAAUCUGCCAACCGUCAUGGUGACCGAUGCAUACAAUGCGUUCAACGAGGACGGUAGUCUAAAGAAUGUUCGUCUUGAGAAUAACAUAGUGUCUGUGUUGGAGCAGUUGAUAGUACUUGGGAAAAAGUUCCAAGUCGGCAAUUAG